AUGGCUGUCAACGGUAUGUUCACAUAUGAAGAUCUUUAUGCACGUAAAUUCAUACAGUAUCAUCACCAACUUCAUCCUCAGGUAUCAUCAUUGCAAACAUCAUCUUCUUUCAUAAGAGAUCCAUUUAUAUCGGAAAUAAAUCAAGCAACAACAAUAACUGUCCCUACAUUACAAUCAGUAAAUUUAACUUCAUCGACGACAGAUGAUAUAGAAUUGAGUGCUAUACAAAAUAAACUUGCGGAUAUUAUUCCAUUUACUUAUUUUUAUUGGCUUCUUGUUGCACUUGCAAUUUUAUUAACAUUGACAUUAACAAUUAUUUUCAUAUGUUAUUGUCGUACUUUUUGUAAAAAUCGCAGAAAUCGAAGAUCAUCAUUACCAAGUUUUCAUCGUUAUCGAACAGAAAAUCGACGUGUACAUUCACGCGAAAUCUAUCGAUCAAAAAUACCAUCAUUUCUUCCUGCACCUACACCACCAUGUCCAUCAAAAUCAUUAGCAUCUCUUAAUAAUCAACUUCAUAGACAAGAUCUUGAUUCUAUUGUUUCACCAGAAGUUGCACGUCUUGGUGUAUAUCGAAAUGAACCAUUAAGUACAUUCUCAAAUCCUUCAUCUAAUCAAAAUUCAUUCGCACAAAAUCGUUUAAGUGCUCGUUCAUCAGAUCCACCAUUAAAAGUCGAACAAUUAUAUGAAGCACAACGUGCAAGUAUGGCAGUAGAUGAUGAUGAUGAUUUAAAAACUGAUAUAGUGAUGAUUGAUAUUGAAUAG